AUGCCUCCCACUCCCACUCCUUGUGCCCCCGCCCUCACGUUGCACGCACAUCGACAGAAGCAGUCGCAAUCGGGUCUGCUCUCGUCACUAUUAAAACCAGAUGUUGCGGAGGACCAGGAUGCGUUCAAGGACGUGCUGUACUGGAUGCGCCAGGUGCUCGCGGUGCUCUUUGGCGUGCUGUGGGGCAUUGCGCCCAUCACAGGCGGCAUUGGCAUCAUCGGCUUCCUGGUGCUGAGCACGGCAGUGAUGAUGGGGUACUACACGCUGGUGGUGAAGGUGGAUGCGGAGGAGCUGGGCGGCCACGGGGCACUGCUGCAGGAGGGCCUCCUCAACUCCUUCGGCGUCUUCCUGCUCGUUUGGAUACUGCUCUUCACAUAUCUGCAUGCCUCAUGA